ACGCGCACUGCGGCUCCGCGCCGCCUCGUCGAGCUCGGCCCGGCUCCCGCCCAGGCGGCGGCCAGCGCGACUCCCGGAGCGCCCGCUCUCGCCCGCCACGGCUCGGGAGGUGUCCCACUGGAGGUUUCGGUGAGUAGAGAGUCCGUCCCACUGUGAGCCUUCUGUCUGAGCUGCGGACCUCUUACCUGGUCUCCUGCCCUGCCCGGUGGGCCUCAGAGCCAUGGCGACGGAGGAGAAGAAGCCGGAGACGGAGGCGGCCAGAGCACAGCCCACCCCUUCGUCCUCGGCCACGCAGAGCAAGCCCACCCCUGUUAAACCGAACUACGCUCUGAAGUUCACGCUGGCCGGCCACACGAAGGCCGUGUCCUCCGUCAAGUUCAGCCCCAACGGGGAGUGGCUGGCGAGUUCGUCUGCAGAUAAACUCAUUAAAAUCUGGGGCGCCUACGACGGGAAAUUUGAGAAAACCAUCUCCGGUCACAAGCUGGGAAUAUCGGAUGUAGCCUGGUCGUCGGAUUCUAACCUCCUUGUUUCUGCCUCAGAUGACAAAACCCUAAAGAUAUGGGACGUGAGCUCGGGAAAGUGUCUGAAAACCCUGAAGGGACACAGUAACUAUGUCUUUUGCUGCAACUUCAACCCACAGUCCAACCUCAUUGUCUCAGGCUCUUUCGAUGAGAGCGUGAGGAUAUGGGACGUGAAGACGGGGAAGUGUCUCAAGACCCUGCCGGCGCACUCGGACCCCGUCUCGGCCGUUCAUUUCAAUCGCGAUGGGUCCCUGAUCGUGUCCAGCAGCUACGACGGGCUCUGCCGGAUCUGGGACACCGCCUCGGGCCAGUGCCUGAAGACGCUGAUCGAUGAUGACAACCCCCCGGUGUCCUUCGUGAAGUUCUCUCCCAACGGCAAGUACAUCCUGGCUGCGACCUUGGACAACACGCUGAAGCUCUGGGACUACAGCAAAGGGAAGUGCCUGAAGACGUACACUGGGCACAAGAACGAGAAGUACUGCAUCUUCGCGAACUUCUCCGUCACCGGCGGGAAGUGGAUUGUGUCGGGCUCGGAGGACAACCUGGUGUACAUCUGGAACCUUCAGACGAAGGAGAUUGUACAGAAACUGCAGGGCCACACAGACGUUGUGAUCUCGACGGCGUGCCACCCGACAGAGAACAUCAUCGCCUCGGCCGCCCUGGAGAACGACAAGACCAUCAAGCUCUGGAAGAGCGACUGCUAGGUCCGGGCCCGGGGCCGCCGGGAGGCCGCGCGCUGGCGCGGAGCGAGCAGCGAGGUGUUGGGGGCUCCCGGUCCAGCCGGGCAUCGGGGGGCCUGGACUUAAGCCGCGUCUGAAGACGAUGGGCGGAGGGGAAGUGUUACCAUCAGAAAGUUCUAGAAGGGGACGUUUCUUGCCGGUUCCUCUCACACUGUCUGGGGAAGAGUUCCUAGUCUGUAUUGUGUUCAGUCAACGAAAAUUUUAAUUUUUUAUUACAAAAGGGUGAGGUGAAGUUCAGUUUAUCAAGAGUUGUGUUUUUUUCCCGUAAACGUUCUGUACUGUUCUCGAUGUUUUAUUGCCCAGUGCAAGUGCUGUGACCCGUUGCCACUCGGCCGCUCCCGGCCGCCCCUGCAGGGCCCCCGGUCUGCCCAGCACACGCUGCCACGAGACAGUCCCCCUGCCACCGUCCCUGCCGUGGGGGCUCCUCGUGGGAGACGGCGCCGUGUGAGAUCGCUCCCUGGUCGGGUCCCUGCCGCCGUGGCGGCGUCACUGUGGGCCCAGCUGCCACAGGGGGCUCUGCCUGGCGUGGCGGCUGGGCGCUCGGACGCCUGUUCCCACUGCUUUUGUGUGACAGUCUCCUGGUUGGCAGGAUGUGGAAGGACUUCGUCAAGGACAGGUUCCCCCAGGGACGCGGCGUUCUGCCCUUGUCCUCCAGAAGCCUGGAGCUGCUGGGGACGUGCUCUCGGGCGGGGGCUGGGGGGGUCAUCACUGAAACGGAGCUGCGGGCCCUGAAACACUCUCCUGGAUGGUGCAGGUGCUCUGGGGCGGCCAGGGGACCGGGCCUUGGGGCCUCGUUCCCGGCUCAGGCUCCGGCCUGUGGGGUACAGGCUGGCGGCCGCCUGAGGCCCGGCAGGCCUGUUGGGGUCCCUGGCAGUCUGUGGGCCGCGCCACACAGGUUGCUGGGGGCACCGUCCUGGUCUGCAGUGGUGGGCACGGGGCUGGGACCGCAGGGCACCGUGGUGUGUGGCUGGUGCCAGCCCCCGGGGGCCCUCGUGUGGAGCGAGGGCUCCCCUGGGGUGCGCGCCCCGUCUGCCAGCUCCCAGGCCUCUGGGGGAGGCACAGCCUCGAGCCCCGGCUCUGGGUUCUGAACGGCACCAGGUGGUAGGCAAAGCCUCUGGCCCCCUGUUGGACGGGUGGGCAGGGCAGUGGGGGCUGCCCUCAGACCAGUUUCCUGGGGCCCUCUGGCCGCUGUCGCAGGGGAGCAUGGCAGUCCCGAAGGCCUCUGGGACCCACUCCCCGCGGGGCAGGUGCCGCAGGGUCGCCCGCGGGCGGC